AUGUUGCGUUCCCUCUUGGUUAUCUUGUCAUUGCUUGCAGUAACUUCCCUUGGUUACUUUGUAACCGUUGAUGCAAAUGAUGAAGCAUGUUUCUUUGAUCGCGCAACGGAGGGUGAUCGUUUUACGUUAUUUUUCGAAGUUUCAGAAGGUGGAUUUUAUGAUAUCAACGUUAAGUUUACCGCUCCAAAUGAUGAUGUUCUGUACAAAAUUGAUAAGAAAUCUAGUGGGCACUAUUCAUUCACUGCCACCGCCGAGGGUAAAUAUACUUACUGCUUCGAUAAUAGCAUGAGUACGGUUACUCCUAAGACAGUUUUCUUCGCUCUUGAAAAGGCACCAAUAUGGAUAAAAAAGGUAAAUGAUACCACUCCUGAGCAAAGCAAGUUAAUUGAUAUGGUUAAUGAACUAUCGAAUGCUGUCCUUAAUGCCAAACAUGAAAUGGAAUAUCUUGAAGUCCGUGAGAAUCUCCAUCGUUUAAUCAAUGAAAAUACCAAUUCACGCGUUGUACUAUGGGCUCUUUUCGAAGCUAUUAUCAUCGUUGGUAUGAGUCUAGGGCAAGUCUACUAUUUGAAGCGUUUCUUCGAGGUUCGACGAAUGGUGUAA